GGGAAAAUUCUAAUCUUAGUGGGACAAUAUUUGAUGGUCAGCAUUCCUGAAAAGUUGUUUCAGAAGAUUCAAGAAUUAGAUUACAGAGAAUGUCUUCCAUCUAUUUUGCAAUUGCAGCAUCUUGAAGAUCUAGUCCUCGAGGGAUGCCUUGGUAUUGAUGAUGAUGGCCUCUCAACUCUUCAACAGAGUUGCAAGUCACUCAAGGUUACAGCUAAUCUAGCAAAAUGUUUGCAGAACUUUUCGGGGCUGCAACCAGUUAAGCUGGAUGGCUGUGUGGUUAAAUGUUCUGGCAUUAGAGCCAUUUGGAAGUUGGCCUAACUCGGUCUAGGA